GCAUUGGUUUCGCAGGGAGUUGCAGAUAAACAAAAUCUAGCAGAAGCAAAUUCACUUCUAAGAUACACAUAUUAAGUUCACCAGAGAGAGAGAGAGACAUUAAUCAAGAUGGGUACGUGGUUCACAAAUGCAAGGCCGUAUCUGCUGUUAGUGGCGGUUCAAUUUGGCUCAGCAGGCAUGUUCAUAUUUGCGAUGGAUGCUAUAAAGAAGGGUAUGAGCCAUUACGUGUUCAUCGUCUAUCGUAAUGCCAUCGCCUCUGUAUCUCUUGCUCCCUUCGCAUUCGUUUUAGAAAGGAAAAUUAGGCCCAAGAUGACUUUCCGGGUAUUUUCAGAGAUUAUGGCACUGGCUUUUUUCGAAAUAAUACUGGACCAGUGCUUCGCCCUCUUGGGCAUGAAAUUCACGUCGGCAUCUUUCCUAUCUGCUGUUAUGAACUCCGCACCCUCUGUUACUUUUGUGAUGGCUGUCAUUUUAAGAAUGGAGCACAUGAAGAUUAAGGAGGUGGCAUGUCAAGCCAAAGUGAUUGGCACAGUAGUAACAUUUGGAGGCACCUUGCUAAUGGCACUGUACAAAGGCCCCGUGCUUAGUUUUAUGCGAUCAUCAACUAGCCAUGCUAGCCAACCUGAGAAUGUGGUCACUCAAACUGGUAACCAUUGGGUCAUAGGGACAUUGUUCCUCCUCAUUGGUUGUGCUGGCUUUUCUGCAUUUUACAUAUUACAGGCCAUAACAUUGAGAAAAUACCCAGCAGAGAUGUCGCUGGCCACUUGGGUUUGCUUUGUAGGAGCACUUCAAAGCUCUAUUGUUGCAAUCUUCGCAGAACGCCACCACCCUCAUGCUUGGUCCCUUGGUUGGGAUACACGACUCUUUGCUCCUGCUUACGCGGGAAUAGUUACAUCUGGAGUUCAGUAUUACAUACAAGGCAUGGUCUCAAAAAUUAUGGGCCCAGUUAUUGUGACUGCUUUUAAUCCCCUGCGUAUGAUCAUUGUUACGGCCUUGGCCUGCAUCAUCUUAUCCGAGCAACUCUUCCUUGGAAGUAUUAUUGGAGCAGUAGUUGUGGUUCUUGGGCUUUAUCUAGUUGUGUGGGGAAAAGCUAAAGAACGCAGAGGUAUUAUGACACCGUCCCCUGCAGAAAAUAACUUUCCGGAAGACCAACGACAGCUACCAGUCAUAGCUCCAAGGAAUGAUAACAUUAAUACUAAUAAGGCUUAAUUAGUCCUUCGCCAUGUUGAAAAAACUGAUGUGGAAGGCACAAUAUAUCAAGAAGAGAGAGUCAGUAAAAUUUAAGUAUAGGCCUAGGCUUUGUUUAAUUAGACAUUGGUGUAGCAUUCCGUACAAGUGAUCUCAGGUCAAUGUCAUGCACAUUACUAAUACCAUGAAAUGGGUGGGAUAAGUGGCAUGACGAUUGGUGAAAUUCAUCAUAUAUAUAAUUAAUUAGUGAUCAAUUAGAGCUGCAUCAUUGUUCUUGAGUUGAAUGAACUAAUGUGCUUCCGAGUCAUCAUAGAGUAAUUAUUUACACAGUUCUGGGCUAAUUUGCUUUCAUAUUCCACUUUUAAGUAUUCCAAUUCAGGGCUAUAAAAAAAAUGUAUUCCAUUUAAGCUAAGGUUGGAGAUUUUAAUACAAGUCUAAACAUAUAUUUUUAGCACGUA